UCUCAGCCUUAGUGCUUGCCCUUCUGAGGUAUUUUCCCUGAGGCUCUGGAAGCAGUAGUGUCCUGUGCUUCAUCAACAUUCGGUUCCACAGCCUCUCCUGAUACUUUAUAAAGUGCUUCCACUCUCCCAGGAGGAAAGGUUGAUAUGUCAGACCUCUCCCCAGAGGAGCAGUGGAGGGUUGAGCACGCACGCAUGCAUGCCAAGCACCGCGGCCAUGAAGCCAUGCACGCUGAAAUGGUCCUCAUCCUCAUCGCUACUUUGGUGGUGGCCCAGCUGCUCCUGGUGCAGUGGAAACAGAGGCACCCCCGCUCCUACAAUAUGGUGACCCUCUUUCAGAUGUGGGUUGUUCCCCUCUAUUUCACAGUGAAGCUGCAUUGGUGGAGGUUCCUAGUGAUCUGGAUCUUGUUCUCUGCUGUCACCGCUUUUGUCACCUUCCGAGCCACCCGAAAACCACUAGUACAGACAACCCCAAGGUUGGUUUAUAAGUGGUUCCUGUUGAUCUAUAAAAUCAGCUAUGCCACUGGCAUUGUUGGCUACAUGGCUGUCAUGUUUACCCUCUUUGGUCUCAAUUUAUUAUUCAAGAUCAAACCAGAAGACGCCAUGGACUUUGGCAUUUCUCUCCUCUUUUAUGGCCUCUAUUAUGGAGUUCUUGAGCGAGACUUUGCAGAAAUGUGUGCAGACUACAUGGCAUCUACCAUAGGGUUCUACAGCGAGUCGGGCAUGCCUACCAAACACCUCUCGGACAGUGUGUGUGCCGUGUGUGGGCAGCAGAUCUUUGUGGAUGUCAGUGAAGAGGGCAUCAUCGAGAACACAUAUAGGCUGUCUUGCAAUCACGUAUUCCACGAGUUCUGCAUCCGUGGCUGGUGCAUCGUGGGAAAGAAGCAGACGUGUCCCUACUGCAAAGAGAAGGUAGACCUCAAGAGGAUGUUCAGCAACCCCUGGGAGAGGCCUCACGUCAUGUAUGGGCAACUGCUGGAUUGGCUUCGGUACUUGGUAGCCUGGCAGCCUGUCAUCAUUGGCCUGGUGCAAGGCAUCAACUACAUCCUGGGCCUGGAAUAGCCAGGAAGAAGAGCAUCCGCCCGCUACGGACCUCAGGGCACUCUCCUCCCCGCCCUCCAAGACUUCCUGGGUGGGAAGGACUCAAAAGGGACCCUUGGGCCACUCAGGACCCCUCCGACUGUGCCCGGGCUGGGGAGGGAAAUGAUGGAGAGCCAGCCAGUGGGGCUGUCAGCAGUGGGGGCUUUUUAAAAGAAAACUAUUUUGAUGAAUAUAUUUAAAAACCUUUUUUAUUGUGAAGCAUAGGAAUUGCCCCAACUCCUCUAGGCCUCGCCCUCCUUGCUUGAGCACGGCAGGAGCAGAGCCACAUUUUUGGUUUAAAGGAGCCUUCUCAUCUCUGGCUGAGAGCCUCAGCCUCCCUGCCCGCCCCCCCACCCCCACCCCAGCCCAGCCCUUCCUUCCCUCUGUGGGGCUCCAGCCUGCUUCACUCCGUGUGGGAGAGCUCAUGGGCUCUGCCUCGUACCACAGAUGCACGCUGCGGGAUGGGGAGGUGUCUUCCUUCCUCCCUGUCUGGGCCCCGCAGUCGGUGUUGUGUCCGAUUCUGUCUUCCCUUGUCCAGGACCCGUAGACUGGUUUAGGCAAGUGGAACCUUGUCCUGACUUUUCCAGGGAGGGAAGCCCUGGGAUCUCACGGUUCACUGAGGAUUUGUUUGGGGGCAGCAGCUUGGGUGACCUGCCCCCAGCCAAGAACAGAGUCUGUCUGUGUGUAGUUGGGCCAUGGGGACUAUUAUUGGCAGCAGUGAUUGAAGGCGUCUUGUGCAAUCUGACCCUUUAGCCCGGAAGUGGUGACACGCGCCAAAGGCCACUCUGCCACAUCACUUCCUUCCUGGAAAGCGUGCGUGAGAGUGUGUGUGUGUGCGUGUGUCUGUCCGUGUGCCGCAGUAGAGCUAUGACAGAUAGGACUUCUCCCUGUCAUCAGUGUUCCCUUGAAGCUGCCAGGGGAUUCCCAGCCCAGGGAAUAUCCCUCUGUCAACUUCCACGUUUGUGGGUCCUGCCUGGGCCCGGCAGCAGGGGUGGUGGUGGGUGGGAAGAGAAGAGGACAAGGCCCAGGCAAGUGUGGGUUCUAAAGAGGCUCCAGGUAGGCCCCAGCCCUGGCCCUAGGAGUUUUGAAGGAAGUGGGAGGGCAAACAUGGGCCUCCAGCACUGGGUUCCUAGGGAAUGUGGCCCAGCUGGGCCUGCCCUUCAGGCACAGCAAGAGCCAAGCAGGAUCUUGUCACUCCAUUCUGAAUAAAGCUCCAUGAGCUGGGUUGGAAAGCUGAA